AUGCAACUACUCUACGGAAUUAUCUUCGCCAGCGUGUUGGGUACCGCGGCAGCUUCCGAAAUGCAUGGAACUGAAGAGCCGCAUCCCGUAUCGAAACGUGCAAGCUGCGAGGCACGCAAUGUCUUUUUCCACUUUAACGACUCUUCAAUCGGGGUCAUGCCCUCGUGUUCGUGGAAUGUGAUCAAUCUUGGCGCUCUGAGCAUCUCGCGAGACGGACUGUCAAGCCCUUUGUCUACGAGACAGAGCGGCAAUUGCACUGACGGGCCUGUGACGAACUACACUGUGGCCGCUGGAGACACUAUCGAGAUGAUCGCAGCUACAUUCGACAGCGGCGUGUGUGACAUUGCUGCCGCAAGCGAUAUCGACAACUCGAACUUCAUCGUCGCAGGCCAGGUCCUGACUGUCCCAACCGACCUCUGCGAUCCAGACAAUGAGAGCUGCGUCAAACCACCGGGGUCUAGACCAUGCAUUGAGGCUGGCGACACGUUCUUCAUCGUUGGCCAGGAGUACAAUGUUACGGUGGAUGCAAUCCGGGCUGCGAAUCCAUGCCUCGACCCCGCCACGUUGGAGAUCGGACAAGAGAUCGGCAUCCCAAUUUGUCCGGAUUGUGACUCUACGUGCAAUGAAUAA